CAGCAUUGGAAGUGAGAACACGCUAGUUGAGCUCGCAAAGUUGUGAAAUUAUUGUGACACAGUUUACGAUCUUUUAGUCCUUGUAUUGUUUAUAAGUGAACACGUGUUAUUUGCUGUUUGUGUAAAGUGCCAGUGACAAUUCGAAACUCACCUUGGAUUGCACCAAAAAUAAGUGAUAUUUACAAUUUGAAGAGUAUACAUUUAAACAAGAAAAUGUACAACGAAUCAGUAGUACCUGUGAAAGUGGAGUCCUUCAGUGGAAUGGCUGCUAAAAGCCCAAUCGGUCAAUGUAUAAAGACGGUACUCAGGCGGGCUUGUGUUGAGAAACGGUUGACUAUAGGUCUUCUUCCCGCCAUACAGUACUUGUCAAACAACUGCAAUGGCGCCUUGUUCUGUGUGACGACGGAGGCAUCUCCCGGCGACAGCGCGACGCACAUGCAAGAAGUACUGUUGCAAGCAUUCUGCGUUGAAAAUGAUAUUUAUUGCAUUAAGGUUGACUCGGAAUCUAAAUUAAAGAAAAUCCUCGGCUGCUGCAAAACAUCUGUCGACUUCAGCUGCAUUUUGGUCCACUACCCUUACACUGACCCAUUUAGUGACAGUCAGGAAAUAGACUUAACGAGCCUCACUGACAUGGAAAAAGACUUAAUUGAUUACUGUGAGAAUAAUUGGGGUCAUUCACAAAUCCCUGUUGUAAAACUUCCCGAGAAGUGAAUUCUUUGAAAAGGAAUUGAACGGAUAUAGAAUUAAUGACCAUAAGGUCCUUGUAUAUUGAACGAUUUCGUUCUAAGCUUUUCUUGAAUAACCACUGUAUAUUAUGUAUUGGAUUUUAGUGGUUUUUAGAGAUACUCUUGUAGAAAAGGUGGUUUAAAUUAUGGAUAAGAAAGUUUUUUCUAUUGUGGUACAAUUUAAUGUUGCCGUUGUAGCUUUCUGAAUAAAUAUUUGUAUAUUAAGAUGUUGGC